AUGUUGUUGUUGAAACCUUCAAAUACUGAUUGUCCUUCAACUUCAAGCUUGAUGGAGUCAUUUGUACCACUAGGCGGGUACUUUUCCACACCGCCCAACCUGGCGGCUCCACCGGGAAGCACAUACGGACCUUUUUCUCGCUGCAAACUGUGCAGUGAUAAAUGUGAGCAAGAAGUUGCUGCUGUUCUGACGCUGCAGUCCACUGAAGGCGACACAAACAAUGGGCUGGAUUUGGCUAAGGCCAAAGAUGAUAAAACAGAAUUACAUGCUAAAGUUGCAGUGCUGCAAAAGAAAUGGAACGAUAUCUGCCAAUGUCUCCACCACAACAGCUCACCCGUGGAAAGAGAUGUUACUCAAGUAGGAUCACAAGCAUUUCCUUGCAUUAUGGGUUUUCCAGUUGCGCCAGAGCGGAAAGAAAGAGUUGAUAAUCAUGCUAACACUGUGAUAGAUGCAUCACCAAUUGAAAGUGUAUGUGAUAGUGCACUGGCGAAGUUGCAGCCUAAGACAUCAGCACAGGGUGUAACCUUGUCAAUUCCCGUUGAUUCUAGAGAUAAAAGCGAGAGUUCUCCAGACACACUGCACCAAAAACCUUCAAAGUGUGAGGCGAAUCCUGCUUACUCUCUAUCUGUUGUACUUGAUGGUCACGGGUCUCCUUGCUCCGCUGCAUCGGUUACAACAGAUUUAGGUCUCGGAAUACUCUACUCGUUUGUCCAGGACCCAAACCAUCCCACUAGUCAAGAUAAUGAAGAAGUUGAUGAGGUCAAAGAAAAACCUCUCAGUCCCCAGCAGCUUCAAUUUUCUUCCUGCACUGGGCCUAAUUCAGUUGUGCAGUUUGAUUCGACAGAUUUCAAGCUAUUCUGGAAAUCUCUUAAAGAAAAGGUUGGCCGACAAGAUGAAGCAGUAUAUGCGGUGAGCCAUACUGUAGCUCUCUGCAGAUCAGGAAAGGAACGGCGCCUCAGGGCAAGCGUGAAAGGUGAUAUAUGGUUGAGUUUCCACGGGUCUGACAUGGUUACCAAAAAGAAACUUGCUAUUGCCCUUGCAGAGAUGCUAUUCGGCAGCAGAGAAAGUGUAAUAUGUGUGGAUUUAGCUUGUCCUGACGGGAUCUCUCCACCGAAUUCAAUCUUUCGUUCCAAAAAGAUGAAUGGUUUCGACACAAGUUUCAGAGGGAGUUUUAUAGUUGACUACAUCUAUUCAGAGAUAAGGAAGAAUCCACUGUCAGUAGUUUUUCUCGAAAAUGUCGAUAAGGCCGAUACCGGGAUGCAUAAUUGCCUAGUCCAUGCUAUCCAGACAGGCAAAUUUAUUGACUCUCGUGGACGAGAGAUUAGUAUCAACAAUUCUGUCUCCGAGGAAAAGAUGCUAGCAGCCCAAAGCUGGCAAAUGCAGAUACUGAUCAGAAAUGACCCUGAGUACUGCACCACCGCGUUACGUAAUAAGUCCAAUGUAUUCGUGUCUUCGAGAAACGCCAGUGCUACUCCAGCAUUUUUGAACAAGAGGAAGCUGAUUGAAACCAUGGAAACAGCUAAACGAAUUCAGAAAACGUCCAAUAAGUGUUUGGACUUGAACUUACCCGUCGAAGCGACUUCAAAAGAUUCUACUUUGGCUUCUCUGGAUAAUUUAACUAACCUAGUGGAUGAAUGUGUGGUGUUUGAGCCGUUCGACUUGGAUUCCCUUGCCAGUGACAUACUGAUAAAAAUGGACGAACGGUAUAAGAACAAAAUUGGGAAUGAGGGUUUCUUGGAAGUUGAUUCACAAGCAAUGGAGCAAAUACUGGCAGCUGCAUGGUUUUGCGACAGCAGAAACGCAUUGGACAAUUGGGUUGAGCAUGUUCUUGGCAAUACCUUUGCGGAAGCUCGAGAAAUGUAUAGUGUUGGAGCUGGUACAGUUUUGAAACUUGUUAGUUGUGAAGGGCUUCCAAUGCAGGAUCAAGCAUCGGAAUUUUAA